AUGCAUCCUUUAGCCGUUAUAUCAAGUUCAAAACUUUCCAACUGGGUUUCAAAGAUCAAAGAGUCAUCGUUUAGUGGGAGAUGGCAAGAUGUAUUGUCGUUAUACAAUGACAUGAACAAAGCAGGAGUUCGAUUUACAGAACCUUCAUUGUUCCAUCCGAUUUUAAAGGCCUGUUCGGCAAUAUCUUUGGCACAUGGGAAGUCCCUUCAUGCAUCUGUAAUUAAGCUCGGAGCGGAAUCAAGCACAUCUAUUGGAAACUCUAUCAUGGACUUCUAUACAAAAGCUGGGGAUAUGGGUUCCACAAUUAGCGUCUUUGGCUGCAUGAAGAUCAGGGAUUCUGUUUCAUGGAAUAUUCUCAUUUCUGGGCAGAUUGAUCGUGGUGAUUUGGAUCAAGGAACACGUUCGUUUAUUCAAGCUAGAGCAACAGGAUUUGAACCCAAUGUCUCCACUUUAAUCCUUGUAAUUCAAACCAUUCGAACACUCAAAGCUUUACACGAAGGACAGAAAAUCCAUGGGUAUAUGAUUAAAACCCAGUUUCUAGCCAUCUCUUCACUUCAAAACUCCCUCUUGUCUAUGUAUGCAGAUACGACAAUGGAGUGUGCACAGAAGCUGUUCGAUGAAAUGCCAAACAGAGAUGUUAUCACUUGGAGUGUCAUGAUCUCAGGCUAUGUUAAAACUAAUAAAACCCAUCUUUCUUUAGAGAUUUUCAAGAAAAUGCUAUCACAAUCCGGACCUGAACCAGAUGAGCAAACAAUCCUAAGCGCCCUCAAAGCCUGCACCAAUUUAAAGAAUCUUAUUACAGGAAGAACAUUACACAGAUUCAUCUUUCACAAAGGUUUUCAUCAUGACACAUUUCUAGGAAACUCGUUGAUCGAUAUGUAUUCCAAAUGCAAUGAUCCAGAUUCCGCAUUACAAUCCUUUACAGAAAUCCCUCUUAAAAACAUCAUUUCAUGGAACUCUAUCAUAUCCGGAUUAGUAUACAACGAGAAGCAUUAUGCAGCCAUUCAUCUUUUCGAUUCAAUGCAAAAUGCCAAAUUUGACCCUGAUCCAGUCACAUUGGUGAACCUCCUACAAAUAUGCAAACAUUUUACAGAUCCUUUAAUUUGCAAAAGCAUACACACUGUGAUAAUCCGAAGAAACCACGAGUUAAAUGAGUUAGUAGUGAACACUCUAAUAGACACAUACGCAAAAUGCAACCUUAUAUUCAUCGCACAUAAACUCUUCACUUUGAUCAAAAUCCACGAUGUUGUUUCUUGGAGCACAAUGAUUGCAGCUUUCACAUACUGUGGAUUCCCUCAUGAAGCAAUUAGGGUUUUCCAUGAGAUGAUGAUCGAGUCGCAACAUAAACCAAAUGCAAUCACUAUCUUGAAUCUUAUCGAAGCAUGUUCAUACGAUUCUGAUUUAAAAUUACCAAAAUCGGGUCACGGGAUUGCAAUCAGAUUAGGGUUUGCAUCCGAUACGAUUGUUGGGACUUCAAUCUUGGAUAUGUACGCGAAAUAUGGCGAUAUAAUGACAUCAAAAAAGGCUUUUGAAAUGAUUUCAAAUAAAAACGUUGUGUCAUACAGUGCAAUGAUUGGGGCAUACGGUAUGAACGGUGUUCCUCACUCCGCUCUAUCUUUACUCACCGAAAUGGAAACACAUGGUGUAAAGCCCAACUCCAUAACCAUCCUCUCAGUGUUAUCAGCAUGCAGCCACGGAGGUUUAGUACACGAAGGGCUAUCACUUUUCCGGAAGUUGACCGAAACCCUAGAAGUCAAACUUGGUGUAGAACAUUACUCAUGUUUAGUAGACUUAUUAAGUCGAAGUGGGAACCUUGAUCUUGCAAUGAAAAUGGUGGAAGGACAUGAGAAAGGUGGUGUGAGUGCUUGGGGGGCCUUGUUGAGUGGUUGCAGGUUGAGCUUCAAUGAAAGAAUUGCAGAAAAGGUGGUGUCUUGUGUUCUUGAAAUGGAACCCAAUAAUUCAAAUGGUUACAUGCUUGCAUCAAACAUGUAUGCUAAAUUGGGAUCUUGGGAAGAUGUUGCAAGGAUUCGAGGGUUAAUGAGAGAUAAAGAAGUUAAGAUUGUGGCUGGAUUUAGUAUGAUAAAUGUGAAUAAUAAGAGUUGUAGGUUUGUUGCAGGAGAUAGAAAUCAAGUUUUGUUAGAUGAAAUACGUGAUACGAUUAAAGAAUUGCAUGAGUUUAUGAAGAUGGAUCAUUGA